UGUUGUCUCUCCUGAAAUGGGUCAUAUUGGGAGGUAUGCUAGUGUGUACGGACGUUUGCCAGUAAUACUCAAGAUAUUGUGAUGCUAAUGCUAAAGUGGUUACCUGAAGGAGUUGUUAACAAUCACAGUUCAGGUUUGGAUGUCAGUAGAAGAUUGGUGCUGGAUCCGCAGAGGUAUUUCCAAGUACUCUGUUUCCCGCCAUCCGAAUUACUAUGUCUGUAGAUGCCUCUGACUGUACACCUAGUGUGUAUUUCUACAUUGGGCCAAAUGACAGUGAUGAUGAAGAUGAAGGCUUUGACAAUGACUGCAAGCCCAUUUCUGCAGACCGCAUCCCUUUAUUGACUCAAAUAUGGAAUGAUAUAAGCACUUGGGAAGAGCAACAUAAUCCACCUCUAGAACUUGCGAUUAAAAUACUAAGAAUACUGCAAGGUCUGAAAAUGACGCCACAUAAACAUAAACGAACCAUAGCUUCCUACGAUGGUUACCUGAACAGAAGGGUUGCUAAAGUCUCAGUAGCAAUACAGGAAUACAAAGAGCUUUUAUGUACACAGGUAUUUACUAUUCUUGAGGGAAAAGAACAGCAUGGCUUCUCUGAGUUAAAUAAAGAAAUACAGCUAAUGAAGAAGCAGAUCCAUCAUGCAAAGCUAUUGUCCUCCCACAAAGAUCACAAUAUGUGCAAGAAACACUCCUUAUUAAGGGACAUUAAAAGAGCAUUGGUUGGAUCCCACCAGCUGAGAACACAGGAUCUAGAUUUGGAAAUGGAAGGCCCACAUAUUAUCAUCUCAGAAGAAAAACAACCUAAUCAAAGAGCAGCUAUCGGAGAAGAAGAUGAUGAGUCUACUAUAAAAUGUCCCUACUUUUGUAAACCCAUCGGCAGAAAGUAGAUUUUCUAUAAGUAAUAAAA